UCUCCGUGCCAACACCACCAAACGACUCGUGCGCGCACCCAAAUCCACGCACGACGACGGAGAAGGAGGAGAGGAGAAGGAAGCGACGGAACACAAACACGGACGCACUCAUCACCAUCACCGAGGAGCGAGGAGCGAAGAGCGAGGAGCGCGCUGGAAUUACGCCGGGUCCGUGUUUUAAAAGCCAACAUGCAGUGAGCGCUCCGACAAAGAGAAAGUCACCGGGAAAUUGUCUUAAAAAAAAAAAAAAAAGAGUAAAAACACGCUUCGUACAAGUUGUCUUUCCAAAAACGCGUCGACAUGAACACGAACGAUGCCAAGGAGUAUCUGGCGCGACGCGAGAUUCCACAACUGUUUGAGAGCCUCUUGACGGGGCUGAUGUACUACCGACCGGAGGACCCCAUCGAGUACCUGGAGUCAUGCCUGAAGAAGGUGCGCGAGCUCGGGGGCACGGAGAAGGUGCGCUGGGACACGUUCGUGGGGCAGGAGAAGAAGUCCCUCCCCCCUCUCAACGGAGGACAGUCCAGACGGUCGCUCUUCAGAAACGUGAUGCCGGAGAGCCCCAACUUCCCGUACAGACGCUACGACAGACUGCCUCCCAUAAACCAGUUCUCCAUCGAGAGCGACUCCGACCUGUCUGAAACGGCGGAGCUCAUCGAGGAGUACGAGGAGUACGAGGUGUUCGACCCCUCCCGCCCUCGGCCCAAAGUCAUCCUCGUUAUCGGUAAGAUCCGUAAAGGCGCGUGCGGGAGGUCGGGACAGUUUGCUCAAAUACGUGGGAUAAAAAUCAGGUACAGGUCCUUCAGAGAGACAAGCUGGUGGUUACACUGUGUGCUUAAACCCACUCCAAAUCCAAAAGCUUGA